AAGUGCAUCGUGAUCUUUGCCCUUGUCUGCUGCUUUGCUAUCCUUGUCGCAUUGAUCUUCUCGGCUGUGGACAUCAUGGGAGAGGAUGAAGAUGGACUCUCAGAAAAAAAUUGCCAAAAUAAAUGUCGGUAAGAGAAUUGCCCUGGUGGAAAAUAUUCCUGAAGGCCUUAACUAUUCAGAAAAUGCGCCAUUCCACUUACCACUUUUCCAAGGCUGGAUGAAUUUACUCAACAUGGCCAAAAAGUCUGUUGACAUAGUGUCUUCCCAUUGGGAUCUCAACCACACUCAUCCAUCAGCAUGUCAGGGUCAACGUCUUUUUGAAAAGUUACUCCAACUGACGUCACAAAAUAUUGAAAUCAAGCUAGUGAGUGAUGUGACGGCUGAUUCAAAGGUAUUAGAAGCCUUGAAAUUAAAGGGAGCCGAAGUGACGUAUAUGAACAUGACUGCCUACAACAAGGGCCGGCUGCAGUCCUCCUUCUGGAUUGUGGACAAACAGCACGUUUACAUUGGCAGUGCCGGUUUGGACUGGCAGUCCCUGGGACAGAUGAAAGAGCUCGGUGUCAUCUUCUACAACUGCAGCUGCCUGGUCCUAGAUUUACAAAGGAUAUUUGCUUUAUACAGUUCAUUAAAAUUCAAGAGCAGAGUACCUCAGACCUGGUCCAAGAGACUCUAUGGAGUUUAUGACAAUGAAAAGAAAUUGCAACUUCAGUUGAACGAAACCAAAUCUCAAGCAUUUGUGUCGAACUCUCCCAAACUCUUUUGCCCUAAAAACAGAAGCUUUGACAUUGAUGCCAUCUACAGCGUGAUAGAUGAUGCCAAGCAGUACGUGUACAUCGCUGUCACGGACUAUCUGCCCAUCUCCAGCACAAGCACCAAAAGGACUUACUGGCCAGACCUGGAUGGGAAAAUAAGAGAAGCGCUGGUUUUGAGAAGCGUUAAAGUGCGGCUCCUGAUCAGCUUCUGGAAGGAAACUGACCCCCUCACAUUUAACUUCAUUUCAUCUCUUAAAGCUAUUUGCACGGAAAUAGCCAACUGCAGUUUGAAAGUUAAGUUUUUCGACCUGGAAAGAGAGAAUGCUUGUGCAACAAAUGAACAAAAGGAUCUCACCUUUCCUAAACUGAACCGCAACAAGUACAUGGUGACAGAUGGAGCCGCUUAUAUCGGAAAUUUUGAUUGGGUGGGGAAUGAUUUUACCCAAAAUGCCGGCACGGGCCUCGUCAUCAACCAGGCAGAUGUGAGGAACAACAGGAGCAUCAUUAAGCAACUUAAAGAUGUGUUCGAAAGGGACUGGUAUUCACCUUAUGCCAAAACCUUACAACCCACCAAACAGCCGAACUGCUCCAGCCUGUUGAAACCCAGAGCCCCCGCCAACAAAACUGCCUCGGACGCCCAACGCGAGGAAAUAAACUGAUCGUCAGCACUCGUGUUUUCCUAUUUAUACACCGAGGACUUGAGGAGAGAAAAACAAUUUAAUAUGUCUUUUUUAGGGGAAAAAAAGCACACAUUGAAAACAUUGAAUGAUAUGUAAUAUCUCUAUCUAACAAUAUCUUAGCGCCAUGUACUCGCAAUUUAAGACUUUUGUAUUUGUUACUUCUAACGGAGAAUGUCAUUCUGGCUUAGAAGUUCGUUUUUAUGUUUGCAUACAAAAUUUAAGACUUUGAUUCCUGUUUCCUGGUCCUUUCUGGUUUUAGAGCCUUUCCUGCUGACCACUGGUCAGUUCUUACGAAACUUACCAUGAGGUGAGCUCUUUUCUUUAACACCAUUCUGAGCGCUGCUGAUUAGGAGAAGGUGAGGACUUCAACCAUGGAGAAGACAUUGAUAAAUCCAAGUAUUUGCCUUUGUGAGUCAUCUCCAAAAUCUGCCUGCGCCCCUACACACACACACAGCUCACAUCUUAUGGCAGCCUUCAACACUCUGGAAAAAAAUACCCUUUUUGUGUCUUUGUUCCGUAUCUUUUUAAUAUUGUAAGUUUUACUUUAUCAUUUUAUCUUCUCUCAAAAUGUCCUUAUUAUGUAGUGUCCCUAUAUUCACCUCAACAUUAGUUCCAAGUAUGAUAGCAUCUUUCAAAAAUGAGUGAAUUUCUCAGAAUGGAUACAAAAUGGAAAUAACGGUCUUUAAUUUUCACCUCUCAGCUACAUUCUGCCCCCCUACCGAAUCAAUUCUUUGAAAAACACAGCCAGCAAUAGGUACCUUUUCUCUCAAGCUCAGAAAAAUGAUGCAGCCACCUGCUAAUAUCCAGCAAGCUAUUCAGUCUGCAUUUUGAGAACAAUGUAGUUUUCCACAUUUUUUGUUUAGUUUACAGUAUCAUAAAGGAAAGGUCUUUAUGUGUGAGUGGAUUUAAAUUUCUUUAGAAUCAUUACGCUGUUAAGAGUAUGCCAGCAAACGUUUAUAGAGCUAUUUAAUAUACCUUCUGCUAUUUAAUAUACCAAAUGCUUUUCAGAGAAAUGCAAUUUAAAUACUGUGCUUAACAUAUUUUACUAAGAAACAGAAAUAUUGGAUUAUCCUUCUAUAAUGUCAUUGUGUGUUGUUUUAUAUCUAUACAAUAUAUAACCAUGUAUUAAUGGAGACUGUUGCUACAUAAGAUCCCCAAGCAGGUGACCAGGACACCCACACCCAGUGUGGCUCCUGACUAUGGGGCUCAGAACAGAGGGGCUCCUUCACUCCUUAGCCUGGGGUUUCUAUUGUUAAUGUAGAGACAGAAAUACUCACCUACCUCUCAAGGAUGUUGUCAUGGUAGGAGAUGUUUAUACCUUGUUUUGAAAUCAAAAGAACCUAUAUAAAUGCUGAGCAUUAUAAUGUUUAAUCUUUUUCUUGAAACAAUCUUUGUGGUAUCCUGAUAGAAUCAAGACCAGGUCCUCCUCAAGAACCCAGAAGGAGAAACAAAUCCACAGCUUCCUGUCACAAACGUGGAUAGCAAGAAUGCAGCGACACAAAACCCCUAGUGGAGACCUGGAUUGUCAACAUCUGCAUGGAGCAUUUUUGUUGGGUCACUUGGGCAUAAAUGAUAUCAACAUGAAACUAGACAUUGUGCUAGGGGGUCAUUCUUUGGGACCAGCAUAUCCAUGUGUUUUCAGAGCAAGGACAAGCAAUUUCAACCACUGUUUCUCAUUUCUAGGGGCUUGCCUAAUGGGAUCACUCCAGAUACAAUGACUGCUGUUGGUCAUCUAGUGGUCACAUUACUUCCUGGCUAGUUGUUUCCAAAUAUUGUUUCAAUGGAUCCUUAACCAGUCAAAGCUGGAAGGAAGCUGUACGGUUAAGGAUAGCAUGUUUUUAUGGCUUUGGGGGGAUUCUCAAUGGAAUUCUUCAUCAGUAAUGGCCAAUACCUAAGACUCUAAAUAUGCACCAUUUGCAUAAUCCUUGUUUGAGUAGGGAGUUAUCUUCCAGUCAUCCAACUAGUGGUGGCUUUAGUGAUGGUUUUAAAAAGAAAGAAGAGUGGGGACAAGCAAACCUACCAAGUUCCCCCUGGGACAAACAAAAAGGUUGGGUUUGCAAAAGAACAUCUAAAGGGAAAGAAAAUUGUUACUUCCUUGCAGUGUGGGCCUAGAGAAAUGGCCUGCCUACACUUUGGCAUCUAUGUGGCAGGAGAAGAGAAUGUCAUCUUUUAGGAAAUGAUCAUAGUUGCUGUUUCUCUCCAAGCCCCUUCAAAAUGAUGCCCCAGGAACUGUGUCCCGGUGUUUCUGCCGGGGGCCAGCAGCUUCGGGGCUCUACGAGACACAGCAACACGCCUCACCAAGGCAGUCAGGUGGUGGAGGUGACGCUGGCCUCCUGUGGCAACCAGGAAAAUAGGCCCUGGGCUGAGAACAUCAGAAAGGAGUCUUUGUCUCCUAAGAGAACAUUCCAUUCUGUAGCAUUUUCUCUUUCCUUUGGAUACUCUGUCUCUCCCUCUAGAGGUAGCCUUUCUCUUUCUGGGUCUGUGCUAAAUAUAUUACUAACUUCCACCCCUCCUACUUCCAAACAUCCCAGGAAAUACUUCUCAAGAGAAAAAGAACAAAGUAAAAACACUUUAAUUUGAGAUUAUUGGGUAGAUGUCUACACCAAGGAUUUUAAGAGGAUGGUGACAACUAAUUUUUUUUUCUUUUUUCUCCAUAAACACUUCAGAAGUCAUUUCCCUAGGAGGAGGAAAAAGAAAACCAAAUACAAUUUGAGACCAAAUUAUACUUUGGAUUCCUCUGUCACUAACACUAACCUAGUGCCUUAUUUAUUCUGAACUAUUGAUUUUAAACAGUGAUUCACUGUUUGAGGACACUUCUUGCUCUGGAGUCCAGUAUGACCUUCUGCUGGCCCAGCCUGUAGGAAGCUUAUGCACGGGCAUCAACGGUUUUUAUGCAGCCUGCUUCCUUCCCACCCCAAAGAAUUUAUCACCCCAGAAUCAAAUCACUGAAACAUAUUGCCAAAUAUCAAUACUGUUGGCCUCCACUGCGUCAUCACUGACCCCUGGUAUGUCCUAAAUUGGAUCACAGCUUAUCACACCAUAGGAGAAGUAGAACCUUCUGAGAUUUUACCUCUGCUUUGGAAACACCGCGUGGUAGGUACCUGAAAAUGAUAGGAGGGAGACACACUGAAAAGGGCCCUUCUGUCUCUAAAGAACCUUGUAAAGGGGAAUUUCAUAGACUGCCAACGUCCUGCGGAACAUAUGUAAAGUGUAAACUAGAGUCUUUUAAAAGUCAAAGUAGGCUCAGCUCAAGAAAUGAAAGAUCUAUGGAAAGAAAACCUUUGCAUUUGGAUAGCUUUGAGCACCACUUUCCCUGGAAUCUGUGUUGUGGUUUGCCUUGUGUCUGACUUGGUUCUUAGUGAGAUGAGUCAGGUCACAUUUUUGGCUGAUCUUACCCUUUUAAAAAUGUGUUUUACUAAUGCAGUCACUGGUUUGUUAAAAGUGCCUCAGUAAACCCAGGACUGACAGAAGCUCAUUUCCCACGAGCUUGUGGCUAUUCUCAAGUGACUUCAAUUCUUUCUGAGAUUGCUGUUUGUUUGUAGAAACUUUUAUUGAACUAAAUUCCAAGGGGAAAUUAAAAGACUAUAAGAAUUUCUUGAUAGAAUCAGAUCCAGAGUCCGUCUGUCUCAGGAAUUCUAUCCUAGAAUCUGCCACCCCCCUAUACAUAUGACCACUUGUGUUUCUCAGUCCAAAAUUCAUUCUAUUAUUUUCUAACAUUUAAGGAAUAUGAAAGGCUGCCUAUACCUGCAAUAGAAGGGUCAGCUCCUAUAAUGAAAGAUACUUUGCUAUUGAGUAUUCAAAUUCACACCCUAAAAACAGCCCCAUCAUUGUGGAUAUCAAUUCUUUUUCCCCCUGUGCUUAUUACCAAUAUACUGGUGCAAUUUAUUAUCAACCUUUUAAAGGAAAAACUAAUAUAACUCUCUUUUGGCCUAAGACAGAUUGGAUAAAUUAAUCCACAUUCAAACAUUUUCUUAUUUGCUAUAAAUUAACUUCUCUCCUUUUCCUUUUAUAUGUUGUUAACCAAAUAGCUGCUUACCAUUUUUACCUUAUUGGCUUAAAUCAGUGUAGGUUUUUCACUAGCCCUCAAGUCAACUCCUCUUAGGCUUACCCUUUCCAUUUGAGAGAAUUCCCACCUUUGGCAGAAUUAUGAAAAUACCGCUCUGUAUGGUGACUAGUUAGGUAUCCUCCAGAAUGAUACCUUAAAGCUGGAAAAACUUACUUUUCUUAUUUUUGACCCAUUACCAGUCUUGUACUUACAGAGUUAUAAAAGACCACUGAUUACCUAGACUUCUUUGGCAACCUGACAAAAAAAGAAAUGUGAAAUUUAGCAGGCCAUUAUGUAUUUUCUUUUGCUAUGUUUAACUACUAAACUUCUAAUUCUGUUGCAAAGGAUCUCUUGGAAUUUUUUAAUGUACCUUUCUAUUAAUAGCAUAAACAUGUACUUGGAUAUAUCUAUAUUAUUAACAUUCUGAUCCCUAAAUAAUUUGGUGUGAUAUAGGGUUGAAUUUGUAGGGAGUCAUUAAAAUGAUCAAAUCUUUCCUAUAACCAAAUGUUCAAUUAUUUUCAGAAGUAAAUUUAUAUGGCAUUUUCAUACUGUAAGGUGAAGCAUUUCUUUUUCUCCUCCACUUGAUCUCAGAAACAAACUUGCUGUCCUGCUCAUGUAAGGUGCAAAGUAAAUGUAGCUGGUCCAGCAGGUUAUGGGACAGCUGUUCUAUAUAGUCAUCCAACAGGAACUUUGUGAAACUACUCCUCUCCCUCCAUAACAUUUGUUCAUACUAUUGUUGAUUUGGGGUAAAUAAGUGACUUCUUAGUGAAGAAACAGUUACAGAUACCACAAGCUACACUGUGGUCCUUUGACAGAAAGUGUCUGUGGGUGUAGGUCAGCUCCCUCUCAUCCAUUCAUCUGUCUUUUCUAGGGCUAAAUCCAUAAUCAAAGACACUUGUGUCUUCUCAGCAAACCCAUUUGGUUGUUAUAUUUUUACAGUGCUGAGGAUCAAACCCAGAGCUUCCUAGGCAAAUGCUCUAACAUGGAACUACAUCCCUCAGCCCCAAUAAACCCAUUCUAAAACUGAGAUUUAGAGCUUACCUUGAAAAGCAUCUAAGCCAACUCCUCCAAAGGUGCACAUUCCCUUCCCAUUUGGCCACUAGGAAGUUGAGGAUCCACUCAAGAUCAUUUGGAGAGUGCAGCAUGGUGCCUUUUAUAGGGUCCACACAGGAUAAUGUUUGGUUCAUUUGCUAUCAUAAUUUAGAUAUAAGGCAAAGAUUGAUCUCUGAAAAAAUAUGCAUGGUAGGUGCAUAUGCUGAUACCCUUUUUAUAAAGAGAAGAAAGCUAUGGGGGUGCACUUUUUUUUAAAGCUGUCAUUUGAGAGUUUAGCAAAGGUCUAGUAAAGUGAAAUUUCUGAAUCUGCAAUAGUCAAUAAUUUCAUUUGAUUGGAAGUUUCUGGAUCUUAUAAUUUCAUGUUUUUAAUUGGCUAAUAAUAAUUUCAUGAGUCAAUCAUGUUCAAGGGGCCCAAUUAAAUCAUUGUAAAGGUGAAAAUUAUUUGUGAUUUAUUUUUACUUCAUAUGACAGACUAAUUACUAAGGGGAGAAUUAUUUUUUUGAAAAGUGGACAUCUGGCUCACAAACUCAUUCCCCUGGGCCUCAAACACUUUGAAAAAUUAAUUCUCUUAUAGACUCUACUGUUUUUCAUGGGAUAACCAGGGGUAGUUGAGCUCUAAGUUCCUUGUAAGACACAAAUGCAGACAAACCCAGUUUCUAGUUUAGAGUGUUCUCAUAAAUUAGAGACUACGACCUCAUUUUCCAGGGCUCCAAAUGUUGAAAUUAUAUGUGACUUUCUGACUGAAGUGAAGGGUGAAGGUUUUUAAAGACAACCCAGAAAAGAUGAUCCAACAGCAUUCAUGUGAAACAGGAUUCUUCCAUAAUUUCAUUUACUUUUACUUAAAAGUGAAGAUUACCUGCUUCUUUAGAAGGUAUGUUUAUGAAAGGCAACAUCCAAAAAUGUAAUAAAGAAGAGCAACACCAUAGUUUCAGAAAAGUAUUUAUAGAACAUGUUGGAAAUCCUGUGUGCCAAAGUGUCCUUGAAAAACAAAAGUAGUUUUGUCCCCAGCAAUAAAGCUGUAUGUUAUAACCUCUAUUUCAUAUGUGGACCUAUAAUUUUCCUAGUGUCCAGGAGAGAUUAUGCCCAUACCCCCUGUAUAGGCAGGUCAUGUUUCUUGUUAUAUGAGCUCUCCAUACUGGUCACAGUUGAUUGUAUCAAGGUUCAAGUCCUGAGUCCAAGUGACUCCUUUUCAGGCCAUGGGAUGGCCUAAGGAAAGAAAAUAAACCCAGAAAUACUUAGCCCAACCUCUUUAAGUCUGAAUAUGAGAGAUAGAAAAUAAAUGAGUAGCAGCAAGAGCAACCAAGAUAGACACAGUUCCCAUAAUGGUGUCACCUUGGAGCAGGACUGGCAACUACUUUUGCCACCAAGUCUAGAGGUCUAUUUGAUUCAGCAUAUCUGCUUUUAGGUUACUGGAGAAAUGACUGAUUCCUGAACAGUGAGUCUGGACUUUGUAGUUACUGGGUUGCUUUCCUAUCUUCCUUGCUUUCUUAUGUAUUGACAUAAAUAAACUACAUUAACUGA